AUGGUUGGUAGUCAAAGAUUAGCUGCAUUUUUCUUCUUCUUCUCCUCCUUCUUCUCUUCCUCUUUCUCCUCCUUCUUAUCCUCCUCCUCCUUCUUAUCCUCCUCUUCCUCGUCGUCCUCCUCCUUCUUCUUCUUCCCCCCUCCCCCUCCUCCCUCCUCCUCCUUCUUCUUCUUCUUCUUCUUCUUCUUCUUCUUCUUCUUCUUCUUCUUCUCGUGUUUUCUUGCAAUAUUAUUAACCAGAAACUACGACCCUCUAAGAGCAUCAUAUAUCUGUGGCGUAAUGCUCACUUUCUUGUUGAGUAUCUUCUUUCUCACUCUUUUCUUCGCUUCCUUUCUUUCUUUCUUUCUUUAUUUCUUUCUUCGCUUUCUUUCUUUCUUUCUUUCUUUCUACAAGACCUCUUUGAAUCCCUUCACCCCCUUCCUCUUUUCUAAAUACCAACACUUCUUCAACAAUUGUCGAUAUUCAUUUGCUUCUAUUCAAAGAGAUUCUUUCUUUUCAUUAUCCUCUGAUUCUUUCUUUCUUUCUUUCUUUCUUUCUUUUUUUCUUAAUUUGACUCACUUUUUCUUUCUUUCUUUCUUUCUUUCUUUGACUCUCUUUCUUUCUUUCUUUGGCCCCCAUUCUUUCUUUGGUUCAAAUUCUUCUUUCUUUCUUUCUUUCUUUCUUUCUUUCUUUCUUUCAUAA